UCCCGAAAGGCCGAGUUUAUCAAGGAUAAGAGGCUCUUGGACGGCUUCACCCCGAAGUUCGGAUUAGGCUGCCGGCGAGGAACACCAGGGGAUUUAUAUAUGGUAGCCAUCCAGGAGCAGAAGGAAGAUGUGCACUUCACGCCAGUCGAGAGCUGCACGGAGGACGGCGUUGUGGGGGGAGACGGUAUUGAGCGCAAGGUGGACACGAUUGUGGUGUGCCACUGGAGUAUUUGAUGUCUCCUAGCGACAUCAGUUUUCUACUGUUGGGAAGGGCGGAGUUGAUUCGAAAGAUAAGUGGAAGAUUUGGCCCGAGUCAUAUCUUGGCCUGGCCAUGCUUCAAUUUCCCAACUUUAUGAUCUUCAGUGGACCGACAUGGCCGGUGGAGAACGGAUCUGUGAUUGGGUCGCUGCACAGAGUGUCGGACUACGCACUGCAACUUAUCAAGAAGAUGCAGAACGAAAACAUCCAUAGCUGGACGCCGCGGCAAGACAUCACCCGCAGACUGAACCGCUUUCAUGAGCACGCCCAAGAAUGGAUCAAUCACACUGUCUGGAAAGACAACUGCAACAGUUGGUACAGGAACAACGAGACCGGCCAAGUCAACGCAGUUUGGCCUGGCUCCAGUAUGCCCUACCAGCAAGUCAUCGAGCAGCGGCGCUACGAAGACCUUGAGAUCGAAUACUUCUUCAAGCUCCUCUGAGCGCAAUUAGGCAUGGGCUGGACUAUGGAGAACAGGAAAGGACCGGUUGGCUCGGGUUGCAGCCCGUAUUUGAGCCUGAAUAAUGUAGAUCCGAAGUGGUAUGCGGCCAUUGGU